AUGCUCAUCGUGCUCGUGCUCGUCGCCGCCGCUGCUCUAGCUCGCGAGGAGUGCAUCGAUAAGAGUCCCUACUGUAACUCGAAUGAUUGUACAGUGCGACCCGGAUAUUCAUUGGUGUAUUGCCGAAAAACAUGCGGCAAUUGUACAGAAUUUUGCGAGAACUCGAAAUUCAUAACAUGCAGCGACGAGCGGAAAAAAGACUGCGACGAAAUGCUAUCAGACUACUGUCCGAAACUAUGCGGCAAAUGUGUUGCGACGCCGACGAAACGAAUAAAAACGGUUCCCGUCGCGAGACCAUUCGGCGAAAUGACGAGCGGCACACCGAAAUCGCCGACGGUGAGUCCACACGUUCGGUUUAAGCCAUCAACACCGCGAAUGCUUCCGAACGGCACUUUUAUCAAUCCGCCGGUUCCCAGAUACGAGAAGGUUCGAACGAAUGAUGCUUAUGAGUACUAUCCACAAGCGAAAAUGGAGGAAAUCCUUCCGGAGCCGCAACGAAUCUGGCCGGAACCUGAGCCGAUCCGCCUCAUUCCCUAUCAAUUGAUGCAGCCCUACUCAACGCCAUUCUAUGGAAGUUCGUGGCCGAUCGAUGCGUCGGGCAUCUCCUCAUCGAUCGAUGUGCCGAGACGGAGCUACCAGACGCGAUUGUUUCCGGAGAUGGGUUUUCUGCAAUCGAGUCGACUCACCACGCCCGCUGCUGACGUUCAAGGCCUCUAUUAUGCAUUGAUGCAACAAACCACGCCGAAUCCCUAUUUGUUAUAUCCGGAGCAGAUGAAUGCGAUUGAUCCGGACGGCGUGAAGCUGAUUGAGCCGUUCUCAUCGCCGACGAGUAUUGAUUCGGAUCCGCAGGCGAUUAAAAAUUUGAUUACCUUGCUGGGAUGCAAAGACAAGGAUGAGGUGAUAUGUCGGCAAAUCACCACCGAAACCUGCCUCGCGCGACCCGGAUACUAUCUCAAACUGUGUCCGGUCAAAUGCAAAAACUGCGCCGGCUAUCAGUGCAUCGACUCGAUCAAAAUCGAUUGCGCCGAAGUGAAAGCGCAAGGCGCUUGUAAGCUCGCCGUCGCUCCCGAAUAUUGUCCGCGCACGUGCGGAAUGUGUCAGCCGCCGAAAGAACUGACCGAGAAUGUGUCGGAUUGCAAGGACGAGUUGGACACGUGCGAGCAGCUGGCGGAAAGCGGCGCGUGCGACCAAGAAUUCAGUCGUCCGGCUCUUCGAAUCUAUUGCGCCAAAACAUGCGGCUUCUGCAAACCACCGCAAUUCUACUUUUCCGAUUCGCCCCUUAUGUCUCAGCUGGUCUUGAAGCGAAAUAAGAAUUCGAUGAAUCGACGUGAACGAUUUUUGGGAUGA